UCACACUCUGCAGCCAAUAUUUAUCCCCUGCUCACCUUUCUUGAAAGAAAAUAAAUAAUAACUAAUACCGUUAUUGAAAUAGAGAAUUGCCCCAGAAUUUGGUAUUUCAAACUGAUGGUUUAUUUGGGUUUUUAGUAUGUCUAUAUAGGUUUCAGGAAGUCUUGAGGCUUUAAAACUCUGUGUCUUCAACCGUCUGUCAUUAUUCAGUCAGUAUGGAGCUCAGUCAACUUACUCUUGUGCUCUUGCUGAUUUCAAACAUUAAUUUCGGACACACUGAAGAUUUUUCCAAACCAACUGUGACUGUUGAGCCACAGAGUUCAGUGUUCACUGGAGACUCGGUUACUCUGAGAUGUGAACUGGGUCAAACUUUGGUUGGUUGGGAGUUUCUCUGGAUAAAAGACACAAGAAGUGAAUUGACUGAAGCUUCAACUAAAAAAAUUGAUUCAGUGAAAGUCUCUGAUGGAGGAGAGUACAGGUGCAGAGCACGAAGAGUGGGACAAUACACAAAUUACAGUGAACCAGUAACUGUGACUAUAUAUGAAAGACCAAAAGCCAAAUUGACCAUUGAACCUGCUCAACAUGUAUUCAGAAGAGAAACGGUGACUCUCAGAUGUGACACAUAUUCGGAAGGAAUCACUAGCUGGCAGUACAGCUGGUAUAAAAACGGUUCAGUCAGUGUUUUCAGUGAACUACAGGAACACACAUUCAGUCCUGUUACUGAGUCUGAUGCUGGUCAAUACUUCUGUUAUGGAGCAGAGAGAGGAGGAUCACGCAGAUCACAAUACAGUGAUGCUGUUACGCUGACAGUAUCAGAACUCAGAGCAGUUUUAAGUGUUUCUCCACAAAAGUGGUUGACUGAAGGAGAUCCAGUAACUCUGAUCUGUGAGGUUAACAACUUUUCUGCAGACUGGACAUUUACCUGGUACACUGUAACCAUUUCAUCUGACUACAGCAGUCAUAAUUAUCAGAUGCUCUCAGACAGCAGCAGAGGAGCUGGAGGAAACUACACAGUCAGUUCUGCUGCUCUAAAACACACAGGAGUUUAUGUGUGCAGAGCAGAGAGAAUAAAACCAGCUUAUUAUACAACCUACAGCAACACACAGCCAGUAUGGGUCACUGCUGUAACUUCUUCCUCAGGUUGUUCUCCUCGAGUCUCUCUGAUCAUCAGUCCCAGCAGAACUCAACACUUCACAUCUGUCUCUCUCUCUCUGAGCUGUGAGGACCAGAGUAAUUCUGAAAGAUGGAGAGUGAGAAGAUACACAGAGAGUUGGGGGCUGCAAGAUUGUUCAUCAUCAGUGUGGGGAUCACAGUCAGGAUCUACCUGUACAAUCAGAUCCACCAUCACAUCAGACACUGGAUUGUACUGGUGUCAGUCUGAAUCUGGAGAGAACAGUCAUCCUGUUAAUAUCACUGUACACUUUUUUGUGAUUCUGGAGAGUCCUGUUCAUCCUUUGACUGAAGGAGAUACUCUGACUCUACGCUGUUUAUAUCAACAUUCAACUCUACAAAACCUCAGAGCUGAUUUCUAUAAAGAUGGAUCACUCAUCCAGAAUCAAACUACAGAGAUGAUCAUCUCUACUGUCUCAAAGUCACAUGAGGGUUUCUACUACUGCAAACACUCAGAGAGAGGAGAGUCACCCAAGAGCUGGAUCUCAGUUAGAGGAGUCUCAAAUGAAUGCUGCUGUAUAUUGUCUCCUUCAGAAUCUCAGAUCUCGGUCCUCCACACACUCAGUUCUGUUCUGGCAGUUUGUCCAUAUCUGCUAGUAACAGUUGUGCUGAUUUUCAAAUGCUACAGAAUGAGAGGUACAUCUUGAAGAUGAAGAAGCUUUAGUGUAAUCAGUUGUGACGAAGUCACUCCUGAUUCAUGAUGAAUAACUUUUUGGCAUCUCAUGGUUGUCAAAGUCAACAUGAACCAGAAUUACCAUCCCACUUGACCUCCAUUGAUUUCCUUCUCACUGGAUUUUAUCCAUGAUGAACUGACUGUUUUAUGUGGUUAAACUUUAGAAAAGGCUAAGAACAAGGGUCUUUUUUUUUAAUUUAAUACUGACUUUAACCAGAAACAUGCAUGUUAAACUGUUUAACAAACCCACCUGAACAAACUAAUCAAGGUCUUCAGGAUUAUUAGAAAGUUAUAAUGUCUGGCAAGUUUCAUCAAAGAUUAACAGAUUUACACUGGGUUUAACCCAUUUGGUUUUUGUUAUUUUUGACCAAUACAAUAUUGGUAAUAUGGAUAAAACCCCUCUUCCCAUUCCUGAACUACACUGAGCUUUAGCAUCACAAGUACAGUACUCAACUUUUUUAUUGUCUUUAAUUAAAACAACAACAUCCAUUCAAACAAUUCAAACAGGGAAGUGGGAGCAACAGAAAUAUCAAUAAUAAUAAAAAAAGCUUCUGUUCAUUCCUUUAUAUAGUCAAAUUUUUUUGUAAGAAAUAUAUUGCCAUGCAUUGAUAAUAUUAGGUUUAGCCUUUUUUUCACUUGUGCUGUUGUACCUUCACAAGGAGGCUGUGGAUCUAAAAUGUUUUUGCGCAGACGUGAGUACUGUGGAGUAAACCAUUUUUGUAUUAUUGUCUUCUUUGCCACUGGAAAACCAUGAACAUGGCAUAAAAAAGACAUAAACAUGGAUUAGACGUGUAAUCAGUUUGUAGUUAAAAGGAUAAAACAGAAUUAAUGUGUCCACAGUUUGACAACAAUUGGACAUUCCCAAAACAUGUGGAGAAAAGUAGCUGAUGAUAGUGUUCUACUGUAAUAUUAAAACACAUUAUAACCACAUAAACAUAACAUGAUUUGUAAGCAAAUGUAUUUUUAUUGUAUUUGUUUUUAAUAAAGAAAAGUCGCCUUUUCUUAAAAAAAAACAUAUCUGGAGCUGAUACUUUGUUAAAACUUGCAGUGUCACCGUAAGAGCCAAAGAAUAAUUACUUCUCACUAUAAUGAAUCGGGAUUUACUGUCAAAAUGUCUAGUCAUGGCCAAAUGUUUUGGCAGUGACAAAUUUUGAAAUUUGUUUGCUUCAGUCAAUCUUCAUAACCUCUGUAAUUCACCAUGGCAAGCUGGAAAUUAGUUUCUAGGCCAAAUCCUGACUGAUGGCCAUAAAGUUCUCUGAAUCGAUCACAAUUUGUUGGCUUCUGCUUGUCCACCCGCCUUUUGAGGACUGACCACAGGUUCUUUAUGGGAUUGAGAUCAGGGGAGUUGCCUGGCAACGGAUCUAAAAUUUCAAUGUAGUUAUCUUUGAGCCACUUCUUUAUCACUCUUGUUUUUUGACAUGGAGCUCCUUUAAGCUGGAAAAUGUACAAAUCAUCACCAAACUGCUUUUGGAUCAUUAGAAGUCAUCGCUCUUGUAGAAAGUUUUGAUACCAUUCUUUAUUUAUGGCAGUGUUUUUGGGUAGAAUUAUGAGAUCCCACUCCCUUAGUUUUAAAAGCAACUGUGCAACUCAUCAAGUUUUACUUCUGUUCUUUUACUUUAGUUUCUUUUUUUUUUUCGUUGAGAGUUUUGUGUUCUGAGUUAUGUUCUAAUGAGUGUGACCUUGAGUGCUCAUUCAAAUUCAACCAGCCCGCACAACUCCACAUCGUCAGCCAACACCCAACCACGGGCUUCCCAAGACGUCACUUCAGCGACUACUGAACUUCCAGCCAAUCAGCAACAUCGGGAAACUCCCUUUCAAUGACAUCAAACGGAACCCCCUUUUCACAGGAGAUACAAGUAACACCUCCACCU